ACUCUUCAGAGCAGAAACGCCGGAGGGAUCUUGAGAUUGCAGCAGAAGAUCACCGAAAAGAGAACAAACGAAAACAAGACGAGUACCUCAAAAGCCGCAAUAUGAGACUUAAGGGCAACAGCCCCGAUCCAAUGUCGGCGACAGGCGACGGUGUGGGUUUCCGAAGUCAAGGUAUCAUUGACUUUGACGCGCCACGUAGCUCUCCGUAUGAAGACAUAAGGAAGCCGUUUGAGGAGAAGCCUAAGAGCAAGCAGCUAGUACCUCUACGGGAGCCGCCGCCGGUGCCAGCGGACACCACCACCCUUCUCAAAGCUAACUCAUUGUCAAGGGCCAAGAAUCGCACGUCGUUGCCCGAAGAUGAACUCCAGGCCAAGCGGCGAUCGACUGAAUUAGAGCAGGCUAAACGCAAAGCGAUACCACAGGGCCCCAGCAGUGGUAUGUCCAGUAUCAUGGCCGGUAUCAUCGGUGCCGGUUUUGUUGGUGGCUCGAUUGGAGCAGCAAACAAGAAACCUCCGCCUCCGCUUCCACCAAAAGACGAUACAAGGGGGGAGUCGUCGCCGGAGAGCGUCCGUCCGUCUCAGAAGAUUCUGCAGGAAAAUGGCUUUGGAGCCGCGCCCGGUUCGGGUAGGAAUAGUCCAGCUAUACCAGACGAAGUGUCUUUCGACAGACCUAACCUUACUCUCACGAUGCCGAGUUCUCCGCCAACAGCCUCCCAACAACAGGAGCCCCGACCGAGAUCACCGAAUGUUAGCCCUCACGCAGAGCGACCUCCUGUAUCUACCCUGUCUCGAGAGCCGUCGAGAGCGUCCGUGUACGGCCCGACUCUUGACUUUGAGGAAGCCCAAGUUUCCUUCCACUCCAAGUCGUCGCCAAUGCUCGAUCCAGUUGACGAUUCCGAUGACGACUCUGACGAUGGUCUCUUCGCCGCGCCGCUCGCUCGAGCUGGCCCGCCGACCCCUGUCAAAACUGGCUCAAUCACACGAAACACCACACGCAGUCAGCGACCGAGCCUCCGACUCAAGACAUCUCGGUCGAAGAACUCGCUGGAUAAGGUUUCAGAAAAGCCAGAGCAGAGCGCGAAUGAUGACCGCACUUCGGUACCCAACGAUUUCCAUCCCGAGUCGGCAGCGUCUGCUACCUGGACUGAAUCUCCAGACGAAGCGAACAGAUUUAUGCGCCGCGAGUCCUUUGCUAGCGAUGUCUGGGCGAAUCGUCCCCCAGCCGAGGCGCUUGUGGAGCACCUUGACGAGUUCUUCCCCAACGUCAAUCUCGAUCAGCCAGUACUUGAAGAAGAGGAUACAGACUCGUCUACAGAUAUGUCUAGCGACUUUUCGAAGGACGGUCGAAGCAAUUCAUCAAUGUCUUCGUUCGAAGAUACUAGCAACACCAACUCGUUUGUCACUCGCGGCAAGGGAGGUUUGCAAUCCACUGCCCAGCGCAACUUGAGGAAAUCUGGUGUCGGUCUCGGACGUACCAAGUCAAUCCGUGAAGUGGUCAAGUCGCAAUACCAACCCUUCGAAAAGAGGCCUCUCCCAGGCCAAGCGACCGGAGCUGGGCCGUCACGAGUCGCCACACUCCGCAAUGGCGGCGACAUUGUGAGGAGGAAGUCGACGAAGAUGUUCCACGCCAGGAUCGAGCAGGUCAAGCCGUCACGAGCGUCCAGGCUAAUCCAGCUCGAGACGAUACCACAAGACAACAUCCCCCUACCCCAACGCCAGCCAACGUUCAAAUGGAUGAAGGGUCAGCUCAUCGGCAAGGGCACCUUCGGCCGUGUCUACCUCGGUAUGAACAUCACCACCGGUGAGCUCAUCGCCGUAAAGCAAGUCGAAGUCAAUGCCAAAGCCGCCGGCUCAGACAAAGACAAGAUAAAAGAGCUAGUCAAGAGCCUGGACCAAGAAAUCGACACGAUGCAGCACCUCGACCACCCCAACAUCGUGCAGUACCUAGGUUGCGAGCGCAAAGAAUACAGCAUCUCCAUCUUCCUCGAGUACAUCAGCGGUGGCUCAGUCGGGUCCUGCAUCCGCAAGCACGGCAAAUUCGAAGAAAGCGUCGUCAGCUCCCUGACCCGCCAAACCCUCAUGGGCCUCUCGUACCUCCACCGCGAGGGUAUCCUGCAUCGCGACCUCAAGGCAGACAACAUCCUGCUCGACCUCGACGGCACGUGCAAAAUCUCCGACUUUGGCAUCUCCAAGAAAUCAGAUAACAUCUACGGCAACGACGUCACAAACUCCAUGCAAGGCUCCGUCUUCUGGAUGGCGCCAGAGGUCAUCCGCUCGCAGGGCCAGGGAUACAGCGCGAAAGUCGAUAUCUGGAGCUUGGGCUGCGUCGUGCUGGAGAUGUUCGCUGGGAAACGGCCAUGGAGUAAGGAGGAGGCUAUCGGCGCGAUUUAUAAACUCGGAUCCCUUAAUCAGGCGCCGCCUAUCCCUGAGGAUGUUAGUCGCGUUAUUGGCGUCGAGGGCCUGAGCUUCAUGUAUGACUGCUUCACUAUCGAUCCGACGGAACGCCCUACCGCCGAGACCCUGCUCAGAGCCCCGUUCUGCUUCAGCGAUCCGAAUUAUAAUUUUUUGGAUACGGAGCUUUAUGCGAAGAUUCGCGGCGCGUUUCAGUGAGUGAGUGGGUUGGAGGAGAUGUGUUGGUUUGGCUAGGUGCAGUUCGAUUUGGUUCGGUUCAGUUCGGUUCUUGUAUGAAUAUUAGUAUGUGGUUGCGAGUUUGUCGGUUUUUUAUAUACCCUGAUUUUGUUUUCUCGAGUAUGUGUAUGUGAUUUUGUCAUUUGUUGUUAUGAGAAUUGCAUCUUUUGUCUCCUCCCCGUGGUGUUGGC